CCGAUCUUCAGCUCGACAGUCGAUUCCACGAAAGUGGCCAAAGUGGUGGUAACAGCCCAUCCCCAAGUGGCUCAAAGUGAUAUAUUUCAAAGAGACCGCCAAACAGUGCAUAUUCAGAUAGUGCCUUAAAUUAAGCGUUUCACCAGCUGUAAUCGGGAGCCAUGAGGAUCCAGCGGCAUUUUGUGUUGGGUCUGCUCGGUGUGCUCUGUUUGGCCAUCGGAGGCAGUCAAUCCAAGGCUGUGGUGGAUCAGCAGCCUGCCGCUUCCCAGGUGGACAGCAAAAGUGUUGCCCAGCAGAGGAUCGAUCUGGGAUUGGGACUGGGCGAUGCCCUGAUCCACGACCAUCACCACGAGCACAUUGUCGAACAUCACGAACACCAUCACGAGCACCAUGACCCCGGGUACUGGAAGAAGAAGGUCACCUGGAAGGAGGGAUGGAAGAAGAUCUGGAAUCCGGCUAAGAAACAAAUCUGGAAUCCGUCGUGGAAGAAGAUCUGGAAGCCUCAUUGGGUAAAAGUACCCGGCUGGAAGGAGAUUCAGGUUCCCGCUUGGAAGCAAAUUUGGGUUCCCCACUGGAAAGAGAUUUUAGUGCCCGCCUGGAAGGACAUUCAAGUACCCGAUUACAAGCAGAUUUGGACACCAGAAUUAGUCAAGGUUGGCAUUCCCGGAGAGAAAUAUCUGGGCAAGGAUCACGAGGGCUGGGAGUACACCAGCCACGAUUUGUGGAAGAAGAAAGUGGUCUGGAAGUCGCACUGGAAGAAGAUCUGGAAGCCGGCCAAGAAGCAAAUCUGGGUGCCCGAGAAGAAGCUGGAAUGGAAGGAGGGAUGGAAGCAGUACUGGAAGCCAGCCAAGAAGGAAAUCUGGACUGACAAAUUGGAAUGGAAGGAGGCAUGGAAGCAGAUUUGGGUGCCCGGCUGGAAGGAGAUCUGGGUUCCCGGCUGGAAGAAGAUCUGGAAGCCAGUGGUCAUUUCCGAGUGGUUCCCCUCGCCCGAUCACCACCACGACCAUCAUCACGAGCACGGCUUCGAUUGGGAUCGCAAGGACACGGGCGUGACGGCCACCAAGUCGGCCGAUGGCAAGGAUAAGGUGGUGUGGAAACGAGAUGACACCAACGCCGCCGGCAAGCCAACUCUGCUGCAGCCAGUGGCCAGCGCCGACUUCCAAGCCAAGUCCCUGGAGACGGCCAAAUCCCCCGUCGCUGCUCCCGCCGCCUCGGUGGCAGCCACCUCGCAGUCAUUCAAGUUUCCCGGCGCGUAGGGGGCCAUUGCAUCACCGAAACGGUUGCAUCACAACGCCCGGUUCCAAGCUCCUUGUAAAUAGUAGUAAACCAGUCGCUAGCUCGUAAGGCCAUCCAUUCCACUUCCAUUUGCCUUGGCGCCACUUUAAAUUAUCUCUAGACUUUAAUUACCAGUGAAUACGAAAUAAAAGAUAAAUAACUACAAAA